UCACCCUCUGUCCUUUCAAGCGACUUUUGUCCAAUAAGCAGCGGGGUCUCGGGCUCCUCUGGGCGGCGCUGCGCUCCAGGAAGAGCCGCUCACCACCAAUCAGGAGCCGGAGGACUGAAGCAGCGUCACCGUGUCACAGCUGCUCCCACAGUUUAAGAGCAGAGAGUCGCUCGUGUCUGCUUCACUUUUUCUCCUGUUGAAAGCAACAAGCAGAAACAUGGCAAGAACCAAGCAAACCGCCCGUAAAUCUACCGGAGGUAAAGCUCCCAGGAAGCAGCUGGCCACCAAGGCUGCGCGUAAGAGCGCGCCUGCCACCGGCGGCGUGAAGAAGCCUCACCGUUACAGGCCCGGUACCGUGGCUCUCCGAGAGAUCCGUCGCUACCAGAAAUCCACGGAGCUGCUGAUCCGCAAGCUGCCCUUCCAGCGCCUGGUGAGAGAGAUCGCUCAGGACUUCAAGACCGAUCUGCGCUUCCAGAGCUCCGCGGUCAUGGCUCUGCAGGAGUCCAGCGAGGCUUACCUGGUCGGCCUGUUCGAGGACACCAACCUGUGCGCCAUCCACGCAAUGAGUGGCCGUGGUAAAGGAGGCAAGGGUCUCGGUAAAGGAGGCGCUAAGCGUCACCGCAAAGUUCUCCGUGAUAACAUCCAGGGAAUCACCAAGCCCGCCAUUCGCCGUCUGGCUCGCCGUGGCGGAGUGAAGCGUAUCUCUGGUCUGAUCUACGAAGAGACUCGUGGGGUGUUGAAGGUUUUCCUGGAGAACGUGAUCCGUGAUGCUGUCACCUACACCGAGCACGCAAAGAGGAAGACUGUGACCGCCAUGGACGUGGUUUAUGCUCUGAAGAGACAGGGAAGAACUCUGUACGGCUUCGGCGGUUAAACUCACUUCACUUUGUCCUCAAACAAAACAACAACGGCUCUUUUAAGAGCCAACCACUUUGUCUCUGAGAGCUCACAGUCUGUUAUAAACCUUUCUACCAUCAACAUUACAUAUUCCAGUUGUUCAUACAGCGGUCUUUAAAAUGUCUAGUUAAUACACAUGAACGUGUCAGUCAUUUCAAAAUAAAUUUAUAUAAGUUUUCUAGCGCGAGGUGCAAAGAACCCUAUUGAAACUGAUGUCUUAUUAUUCUUCCGUGAAGUAAAUCGCUUUAUUGAAAACCUGAAAUAAUGUGUUUUUGCGACUGCAUCAAUCCUGGUGUAAAUGUACGUUUGUUAGUAAUAAAGUAGUUAUGCGGUACUAGUUAUUUUUACAUUUGAG